AUGUCUCCACAUUCCGAGGAAUGGUUAUUCGAAAUGACAAAAGUUUGGAUACUGGCAACAUUGUGCAUCGUAUUCAGUGGUGUAGUGACUGGAGGAGGUAGCGGUAAAGGAAUUUGCGAACGUCUGAACGAUCAGAUGAGUAGUGUUUUAAUAACCUCAGGCGCAUGCCGUGAUAAUGCUACUAAGACGCUCGUAGUCAAAUUAGAAGAAAAAGCUAAACAUGAUUACGGAAAACCAGAAAACCAGUAUCCGUUAUGUGACGAUAUUACACCUUGUAAGUUAGUGCAAUAA